UUGCUGGUGUCUCGAGACUCGCGCAGAGGCGUCGGUAGAGGAGGCAGCGGAGCUCACGAAGCGGGGAGACGCAGAGGCCGAGGAGGAGGCGGCGGCGGCGGCCCACGGGGGGACGAUGGCCACGCGCGGCGGAGUGAACGCGAGCGACGCGACGCAGCAGCUGCGCGACCUCCUCAAGCUCGACCGCCAGCCCGAGCAGCGCGAUCCGCCAAUGAACGCGGCUGACCCUGCCGUAGUCUCCUACAAUGGGCAGUUGAAUGGGAUGGCAGCGACAGCCAUGAGCGAGGGUGCCGGGGCGGAACCUGCGUGCGCCACGUCUGGAGGCGCAGUGGACGCGGCUGUGGUCUUACCGGGCCCCGCUCCGCACCUCGUCGACUCGCAGCAGAUCACCCUGACAGGGGACGACAAGGCGGGUGCGGUGCCGGUGAAUGCGUGUGACGUCGUGGUGAUUUCCAGCGAUGCCUCAAGCCUCUCCAGUCCAUCCUCUGGCAGCAACCAGGUCAAGAUUCAGCCAGUGACGCGCUAUGACUGGGAGCAUCGCUAUUACCCUGGCAACAUGAUUGCUGUUUCCUCCACCUACCUCGCUUACAUCAUCCCCAAGCCCCAGGCGAUGGUGCGGGUGCUGCACGCGCCCACGGCCGAGCGCACCCUCCUGAAGGGCUUCACGGGCGCCGUCACGGACCUCGCCUUCGCCCACCUGGGCUCCAGCCGCCUCGCGUGCGUGGACGAGGCCGGGAACCUCUUCGUGUGGCAGUUCUCACAGGACUCCUGCGGGAAGAUCGCAACGAAGCAGCUGUUACAGGCGAUGCGGCCCGUGGGGACGCCACUGUCGGAGCUGCGCCGCAUCCAGUGGUGUCCCUUCAUCUACGGGAACAGCGAUCGCGAGUCGGAGAGCGACAGCGAGGAGGACGUGGGAAAGAUGCUCGCGCUCUUCCACCCCGACAGGGCAGAAGCGUGGGAUCAGGACGUGAUCGUUCCUACUUCUGGUCCUUUCAAACCGGUGGCCGUCACCGACAUCAAAAAUCGCAUCACCACUGUGAGAGGGCACCAGGGGGCUGUGAAUACGGGCGCCUUGUCUCCUGACGGAGCUAUCUUGGCCACCGCCGGCCAAGAUGGGCUGGUCAAGUUCUGGCAGAUGUAUGCAGAGUCUCAGGACACACCCAGCUGUCUGCACAAGUGGGAGCCACACAAUGGCAUGCCCGUCUCGUGCCUGGUCUUUUGUGACAACUACAAGAAGAAAGAGGGAGGUGAACAGUACUGGCGGUUCGUCUUGACGGGCACCAAUCAGAACCAGGAGCUGAAGGUCUGGUGCACCGUGACGUGGACGUGCCUGCAGACGCUGCGAUUCUCACCAGACUCGGCAAUAAAACUGAGCCUUGAUAUCACCGCCCAGUAUCUGGUUCUUUCAGACGUGCAGCGCAAGGUGCUGUAUGUACUCGAGCUGAUCCAGAACAAGGAUGGACACGCGUACUUCAGUUCGCUGGCUGAGUACCUGCUCACGCACCCCAUGCUGAGCUUCGGCAUCCGGGAAGUGACGCCGCAUCGUGCCGGCCGGCAGAGCGAGCACCAGGAGGAUGGGGAGGUGGACGCCGCUGAUGGUGUGGAAGAUGAGGCAGAGGUCACUGGCGGCGUGCUCAUUAAGAUCAACUGUGUACACACAAGAGCCCUGGAGAACGUGCAGAUUCUCUUCUGCCCUCCCUCCACGUCUGGAGCCGCUCCUCCGGCGCUCUCGGUCUCCAGCUCUGCUUCGCACGAAGACAUGGUUCUGCGGGACCGGCUCUCGGACAUCAGCUCUGACGUUCCCAUCGAAGAGAGCAGCUCCCAGUCAUCCGACUUCCAGCGCACAUUUGAUGACAACCGCAGGGAGGACAUCCUGGGAAGGGUAGACCUGGGUGGGGGCGCUGCCCUGCUGAGUCCCGGACUCGGAGGCAGCGCGGGAGAGCUCGCCCGCCCCGAGGACUUCAUGUCUCCGCUCACGCCGGCGGGGGCCCUGCCCGACGACGCCAAGCUGCAGCUCAAGACCCCCGACGACUUCAUGAGCAGCUUGGUCCCCAAGCAGCUGGGGCUUGGCUCUCCAACGGGCAGUGGCAGUUCUCUGACUGCAGUGACGGUGAUUGGAAGCAAUGUCCUUUCUCAGAGCCCCCUCAUGUCACCGGUGAGCAGCAUGACGCUCACCCCUGGCAGCAGCCUGCACAGCUCCCUCAGCAUGCCUCCGGGGGGGGGCCCACACUGCGGGGCCUCUCCCCUCGCCAUGGCCGACUUGACUAACGCGUCUCCUCCGCGAGAGCUCCGCUCGCCCGACGUCAUCUCCUCGGCCUCGUCCAAUUCCACCCUGCCCCAGGUCAUCCCCGAGGUGGCGUCCGAAGCUGUGCAGAGGGGCAUGCGGGACUCGGCCGAGCCGGGCGCCCGCCUGGGCUCCCCGCCUGAGCAGAGCGGCCUUCUUGGGCAGGGGGGCAGCCGUCCUCGGUCCCCCGACGCCCCUAGCAGGGGGUCGUUUGGCUCCAUGGAAGUACCCCCGUUGGAUGCCGGACCUCGCCUGGUCUCCCCACUCGGGCAGAGCAGCUUGGGGACCGUCGCCGGCCAGCGUCAGAUGCCCGACAACGUGCUCAGGGGCACCUACAGCCUCGGUCGGCAUUCUCCGUCUGAGGCAGGGGGGCACCUCGCUCCCUUGGCCAGGCAGGCCGCCCCGGGCCAGGUGGUCGGGCCGCAGCGGGCAGCCGAGAAGGAGGAUCCUCCGCGGCAGCUCUACGGGCAGCAGCAGCAGCAGGAGCAGCAGCAGCAGCAGCAGCAGCAGGACGCCGCGUCCACCAGCCCCGCGUGGCCGGCGGCUCCUGACCUCACGCGAGAGACCCGGGGUGGAGUCAAAGUCAGCUCGGACGAGGACUUGGCGAUGCGCCGGCAGCGAGCGUCGCCAUCGCGCGAGCGCCAGCACCUCACGGCGGAGCAGCAGGAGAGUCAGGACGCGAGCUCGGAGCACAGUGAUCAGGAUGAGGAGGUUGCCUUCCUGUCAUCGCCUGCGGGCGUUGUGGCCGGCGCGGGGGCGGCCGUCAUUGCGGGACCGCACCGGGGGCCUCCGUCUCAGCCGGGCUUCCGCGACCAGAAAGGCCGCGUGUCCCCUCGCCUGUCUCCAAAGUCGCGACGCAGGGCCACCCGCGAAGACAGUGAAAGAGCAUCUCAUCCAUCAGCUUCGGACCAGGCGAGGGAGGAUGGGCAGGCGGCCAUGCUGGCGUGCUUCACGACGCUGCAGACCAAGCUGGCGGCCAUCUGGAGCCGGCAGGAGGAGAUGGUUCGCGGGAUGGAGGCGCGAGGGGAGGCGCUGAACAACGCCCUCUUGAGCCGCAUGGAGGCCUCGCUGGCCAAGUCUCGAGAGCAGGACCAGGCCUGGUUCACCACGAAGCUGCAGCAGCACGAGGACCGCGAGCGAGCGCUGCAGCAGCAGCUGCAGCACAACCUGACGCAGGCCAUGUCCGGCGUGGUGGCAGCCCGCCUCGAUAAGGGCAUGCGUGACGAAGUCAAGAAGCUCUUCCCCCAGGCGAUCGCAAAAGCGGUGGAGCCGUUGGCAGCGCAGCUGACGAGCACGAUGGCAGCCAAGCUGACGGCAGCAGAGGUCUCCACGAGAGAUGGCAUCGCCAAGAUGGUCAAGGCCAAGGUGUGUACCUCCUCCAUCCUGAUGGGCGCUCUGGUACAAUAAAAGCAGACUGCGACG